AUGACUGUAACAUUACUAUUUACUGAAGAAGCUUCCAUUGAAGAUUUAUGGAAUUUAGAUGUAAUUGGAAUAACAGAUUCAACUCAACGGAAGACAAAAGAAGAAGAAGAUUUUAUGACGAAGAUGAAUUUUUUUAAUUCUGUGACAGUCAAUGCAGAAGGGCGUUAUGAGCGUUAUGAAGUUGCUUUGCCCUGGAAGGAAGAACACUUUCCGUUGCCUUCGAAUAAAGACUUAGCAAAAAGAAGAUUAGAAAAAAUGACCAAUGGAUUGAAUUCAAAGAACUUGUACGUUAAAUAUGAUGAAACAUUAGAAGAGUGGUAUAAACUGUGUAUAAUUGAAGAAGUGCCUCUAGAAGAAACCGUAGUUCAAAGUCAUUACUUGCCACACAGACCUGUGGUGAAGCAGUAUGGAACAACGAAAAUUCGUCCUGUCUUCGAUGCGUCUGCAAAAGAGAAAUCAAUGCCCUCUUUAAAUCAAUGUUUGAAUUCUGGUCCGAAUCUCUUAGAACUUAUUCCUAAUCUUCUGUUGAAAUUCAGAGAAAGAAAAUAUGGGGUCACUUCCGACAUUGAGAAAGCUUUUCUGCAAAUAAUUGUUCGUGAAGAAGACAGAAUUUUUCUAUGA